CACACUCUGGAGCAGGAGUUAGACUUUGAACUGGAGGCUGAGAACGCCAUGCGCUGCCGUCAGGAGCUUUCAGCAAUGGGUACUUUGCUGCCUGAUGGGCGGGUACACAUACCUCGUGUGCAUUAUGGCUUGACGAGCAAGCGUGUUCUCACAGCAGACUACAUUGAUGGCAUCAAGAUCAAUCAGGUAGGUUUUGCAGUGUUUGCUGAUGGAUCUCUGUGUUAG